UACUCCUAUCAGAUCGAUUUUUUUCUCUCCGAGGCUCCCUCCUGGAAAUGCGCGGCCCGAUGAAGCAGGUUCGGCUGGUGGUGCUGGGCGCCGGCGGCGUGGGGAAGAGCUCGCUGGUCAGCCAGUUCAUGCGGGGCGUCUUCAACACCUUCUACGAACCCACGGUGGAAGACUGCUACCGGCACUUCCUGCACCUGCCAGACGGCAACAUGCACAGCAUAGAGAUCCUGGACACGGGCGGCACGCACCAGUUCCCCGCCAUGCAGGAGUUAAACAUCAAGACCGCCCACGGAUUCAUCAUUGUCUACUCCAUCGACGACGCAGAGUCCUUCAAGGAGGCGCACAAACUGCGCAAGCUCGUCGUGAAUGUCAAAGGUACCGAGAACAUCCCGCUGGUGAUGGUCGGGAACAAGUCGGACCUGGCGGUGGACAGGGAGGUGCAGAAGGACGAGGCCGUCACGGCGGCCAGAGAAGAGUGGCGAUGCCCCUUCCUGGAGACCAGCGCCAAGUACAACCGGAACGUCUACGACAUUUUCCUCGCCCUCUUGAACAGUGUGGAAACCUGCGAAAACAGAGACUCUAACAACAAGCAGAAGAGUUCGGAAAAGAGAAGAUCCAGCGCGUCAAAAACCAUCAGCACGUUGAAAAAGCUGCUCAAGAGCAGAGGCACCAGUAACUCCAGUAACGACGACGUGUUUUCUUAGGAAAAAAUAAGAGAAAAGAGAAC